GGUGCCCGCACCUUCUCCUGGCUACCAGCUGUUCUCCAGGGCAGCUCUGUGGAUUGGGACCACCUCCUUCAUGAUUCUGGUUCUUCCUGUCGUUUUUGAAACUGAAAAACUGCAGAUGGAGCAACAGCAGCAGCUGCAGCAGCGACAGAUCCUCCUUGGACCCAACACGGGGCUCUCAGGGGGCAUGCCAGGGGCUCUGCCUCCACUCUCUGGGAAGAUCUAA